GUGCUCGGCAUUGGCGGUGGGCGGGUUCAUAGAUGUGAAUAGUAACCGUACUAAAACACAGUGGGACACACGGUGCGAUUUGGCUCUGAAGACGAGAGCAGGACACUAUAAAGAUGAGGACAUGGUCAGCCCAGAAAAUCGUACCCUUCCCUCUGUAUACCUAGGAUACUCAUUCACUCUUUACUCGAACAUCACCUCAUGAUGCGCACCUUCCUUAUUCUUUUCGCGACGUGUCUCAUAUCGAGCUCCUCGUCCUCUGCUGCGACCAUCAGCGCUGCUGCGAAUAGCACUUCUGUCGCGAGUGCCAGCAUUGCCGCGAACAGCACUUCUGUAGCGAGUGCCAGCAUUGCCGCGAGCACCAUUAAUGCUACGAGCACCAUCGCUAGCUCAGCUGGACCUAGUCCGACCUCGUCUGGAGUGGAAAAUAGUACCCUUGACGAGCUGUACGCCCUUGCAGUUGCCGAAGGAGGCCAACUAGUCGUUAGGGCAGGAGGCGACACGAUUAAUCAGCAGGACUCCUUCGUCCAGGCUUUCCAGCAAAGGUUCCCAGAGAUAAACAUCACAAUGAUUGUCGAUUUGUCCAAGUACCACGAAGCGAUUAUCGACCGCUCAUUGAACCAGACUGGCAAGGCCGGAGUAGACGUCGCCCAUCUGCAGACCUACCACGAUUUCGUGCGAUGGAAGAGUGAAGGCCAACUCCUCAACUACAAACCGGCUGGAUGGGAUCAGGUUACCAACGACAUCAAAGACUCGGACGGGGCCUUCGUAGGCAUAGCCUACUAUCUUUUCACCAACACCUACGCCACUGCAAAAACGACUGCCGCCAAUGCACCCAAGAAUUUCCUCGAUUAUCUCAACUCGCAAUGGCUGAACAAGAUCGUAUCCGUAUACCCCAAUGACGACGAUGGUGUCCUUUUCCUGUUCUACAAGAUUCAGCAAGCCCAUGGUUGGGCGGCUAUCAACAACUUCAUCGCAAUGGGCAUCGAUUGGGUCCGUGGAAGCGUCACUCCCACGACCGUGCUCCUCUCCUCCGCGGAGCAGGCGGUGACAUUCACCACCGCUGCUGGAUUCCCCAAUUCCACUACCGGAAUUGUCGAGCAGCUACCCACAAGCGACCCAAGUGGACUUUCUAUCUGGUCCCAGCGCGCUGCAAUUUUCCAGACCGCGGCGCACCCCAAUGCGGCAAAGCUCUAUAUGAACUGGGUGCUCUCCGUCGAUUACCAGACCGUGCUGGCAACUGGAGGCUGGAGUGUGAGGAACGACGUGCCGCCAAAGGCCGGACUGCAGCCUUUGUCCUCCUACGGAAGUUUACUGGAUACGACGCCCUUCGAUCAAUUCAUGCUCAACCGCCCCGUUGUCGAACAGUUCCGCUUCCAGAUUGAGCAACUAAUCGGACUGCCGCAAGGACCUAGCCCCAUCAGCCAGCCCGCGUCAGCUUUCAGACAGGUUGGCAUAUACCAAUAAUCAAUCGAUACCAACUUUACUUGGUUUACACCAAAUACCUACGAAUACCAUAAGUAUUUAUGGGAAGGACUAUUCUUGAGAAACUCACAUUUCGAUUGACCAACCCUGUUUACUUUUUUAACCUCCAUUCGGAGAUACCGACCCUCAUUUUGUUUAUUACUGAUAAAGAUAUCCAUUUCAAUUGCCGUGUCACCUUUUAUCGAUGCCC